AUGCCGCUGGUGAUACUGUGCGGACUGCCGGGGAGCGGCAAGAGCAGGCGGGCCGAAGAGCUGCGGGAGGCGCUGAGCGCCCAGGAGGAGGAGGAGGGCGGCGGCGGCGAGGAGCGGCGGGUUUUCCUGGUGGCGGAAGGAGAGGCGGCGGCGGGGGGAGGCGGCGGCCGGGCUGCGUUGCGGGCGGAGGCGGAGCGGCGGCUGAGCCGGCGGGACGUGGUGGUGGUGGACGCGGGCAACGAGCUGAAGAGCUUCCGCUACGAGCUCUACUGCCUGAGCAAGCAGGCGGGGACCCCGCACUGCCUCGUGCUGUGCCCCGGGGGCGCGCCCCGCCCCGACCGGCCUGCCCUGGAGGCCCCGGACCCGCGCCACCGCUGGGACCGGCCCCUCUUCGCGGCCCCCGCCGACCCCGCCCGGCCCCUCCCGCUGCCGGAGAUCCGCGCCGCCCUCUUCGAGCGCCGCCCGCCGCCCGCCAACCGGUCCACGCGCGCCCAGCCCCUGCAGGCCGCCGCCUUCCUCCACCAGCUCGACCGCCUCACCCAGGACGCGGUGGCCGCCCUCAUGGCCGCGCAGAGGGGCGGCGCCCAGCCCGGCCAGCUCGUCCCGCUGGCCGUCGACGGGCUGGGCCAAGGAUCGCCGGGGCUGCUGCUGCGCCGGCCGGUCAGCCUGGCGGAGCUCAGCAGGCUCCGCAGACAGUUCCUCACCUAUGCCAAGAUGCAUCCUGGAGAAGGAGAAGGCCAUCUGCCCCGGCUGGGCAGCAUGUUCUUGCAGUACUUGAACAGCAACCUGCAAUGA